UGCAACUUUAAUUCAAAGGCCACCCGUCAUAGGCGCACUUAGGGGGGGGAGGGACUUCGCCCCUCAGUUUUAUCCGUAUCCCUCCACAGUUUUUUUUUAAAUUAUAUUAUAGUUUAAAAUAUUAAUUAGGUAGCUAUCAGGGUCUGUGAUACUGGCACAAUUUUGGUGUAGUGACUAUUGUCACUGCGGCCUGUGGACCCAAUUAUAUUACUAUAAAAUUACUUCGCGGACCCAAUAAUACGUUUUUAAUUUUAGCAAUCAAAUAUCUCAUCCUAUUAUUCAGCUAUUUAAUGUCUCGUUAUGCACUUGUCAUCAAAGAAGCCUUCACAUGUAUGAAAAAUGCAAAAAUUAACAUUGCUAUGUAUAAAAACUCCUCGAAUCUGGCAAAUAGUAAUUUUGGGUACAUCGAAUUACUAGAAGCAAUUGAACCGAAUAAUAACUUUCAGGUGAAAAUUGAAAGCCGUCACAGAGGCAUAAGUAAUUCAGCAAGAAUGCCUUCAUUAAAUGUCCAGAAAACAGAUAUUUGUAAUUUUAUAUCCACAGAUUUGUUAUUUGUACCAUUAAUUAGACGCAUUUUUGAUUUAGAAAAAUUCUGUCCUAUUGCCAAAGGUAAACACAUUGUUUAUAAAGAUAGAAUUCUUUCAAAGUAUCGGCCUUACAUGCCAUUGGGCUGCUGGAUGAUUAUAACUAGAAUCACCAAAAAAGAAUCAACAUUCACAUGUUUUAACAUUACUCUUCAAUCAUUGCCAUCAAUGAAAUCGGAGCCCUACCAGUGUACAUAAUUAUUUUUUUAAUAUGUAUUUGGUAAUUCACAUUUUUAAUUAAAUAUACCUAUAUAGGUAUGUAAUACUAUUUAAAUAUUUAAAU